CAAAAUAGGAAGCAUGUCCGGAAAUAAUAGUGACUAAUUGUUAAAAGAGUGAUCAAACCCUUUGUUCAAAGACCAAACAAUGGCUAAAAGAAGGAGUGUGUGUGUAUUAGAAAUGGGAGAAGACGUGCCAGAAUCAACUUGUAUCGCAUCUUGGAAAUCUCAAUCAGUUCGUUAUAAAGCAAGAUCGUGGUGCAAAUCUGGCUUUUCUGAUUUCUACUUGGUGUUAGCUCUGAUUGGUUUUGAAGUAUGUAAACAAACAGCUACCUACAGCUUGCAAGAAUACAACAAUGGCAAUUAUCCAAUACCAAGCUCAUUGAUGGUUGUUUUCAGUGAAAUAGCCAAGCUCCUUUUAACCAUUCUUCGAUUAGAAAAACCGCCAACCUCAAUCAGUCUUGGAUUGAUCGUGGAAUCAUUCAAAUUUAUUGUCCCCGGGCUCUUGUAUGCCUUAAACAACAACAUUUAUUUCGAAGGCCUUCGAUUGGUUCCUCCUGGGAUAUGGAUGGUCUUAUGCUCAUUUCGCACUGCCGUAACUGUUUUUUCUUACAAAUUCCUUCUCAAUCGACCGGUUCAGAGACUUCAAUUCGUGGGGGUACUUUGCAUUAUCAUCAGCAUUAUAUUAAUGAAGAUGCCAGACAUUCUAGGGCAUACCAAUCAACUGCCACCCAUGGUCAUUCUCCUGUCACUGGCAGCCUCAAUCAUCUCAGUUUUGGCCGCACUCUACACAGAGACGUUGUUCAAGGCUGGUUCGCCGGACCACGACAAUUUCUUGGAGAAGCAGUUGUGGCUCUAUUUCUAUGGUGUCAUCAUCUCCGGACUCCUCCAUUAUCUGCGGAACAAUCAUUACGGGGUGCAAAGUUUGGUCCUGGACGUAAAAGGUGGUCUUGACAAAAAUGUGUUCCCUUGUUCUCAAGCCAACCAAUCCAAUGCACUUUUUCUAGGUCUCAAGCUGUCCAUGGUGGCCUUGUAUUUGAUGGUCCUGACUUUUGAUUCCAUGGGAGGCUUGGUGGUGGCCACAGUGCUCAAAGUCUUGGACAAUGUUGUCAAGGAAUAUUCCACUUCAGCAGCCACAGUGGGAACGGCCGUUGUUUGUGCCAUUCUGUUUCCCAACUCGUUCAAGUUCUCCUGGUUUAUCAUAGCAAGUUUCAGUAUCCUGAUAGUAGGGAUCGUCAUUUAUGAGCAAGGUCGCUCAAAACUCAAAAUAAUUAAGAAAAGGAAGGAAAUCAGUGUUAUCUGAUUGACGGUGACACACACUGAAGAAUCCCUCAACCUCUCAUUAAUGCCUUGCUUUGAUUCCUUCUUUUUGGGCUGUAGACCUUCAUCGAGGAAGAAUUUUCACGUUAACCCCACACACAGUAAUGGAGAACCAAUCUGGCAUCGGACCUGGUAAUUGGAACCUGUAAAGGCUACACCAACCCUACGAGGAUCAAACAUUCAAACCUAAUAACCAAAGAGAUACACAGAGAAAGUGAAAAUAAUGAACAUAAAAACGCCCUCCAUAUCCUAUAUUUCUUUUGGUUCAGUAGGUUAAUCCACGGACUUCUAGAAAUAUGGA